AUGGAUUCAUUACCUGUUGAAACACUUUUAUUAAUAUUUAAACAAUUCAAUGUUAGAGAUCUUUUGAAUCUAUCUUGUACUUGUAGAUAUUAUUUGGAGGUAGCAAGUGAUGAGAAGCUGUGGAGGAAUCUAUAUGAAUUGGAUUUUAUAAUAAAAGAUAAAAGUAAAAAGACAAAUAGCAAUAAUAAUAUUUCAUUGGAUGAAUUAUUAUUAUCACUCGAUCAUCCAUCUCCGAUCAUAUCAACCAAUAAGUUUAGUAAACAACAACAACGAAACAACGAAAUACAUGACAUUAUACCAACAAACGGUUGGAAAAAUGAAUAUAAAAAGAAAUCUAUAAAGUUUAAAUCUAAAGAAGGUGUAAAUAUAAAAUGGUUAUUAGAUAUGCAUGUAAAGAUGAAUAUAUAUAUAAAGAAUUUGGAGAAUUUGAUGAUCAGAGCGGUUGAGAGUGAAAGACCAGAGUUGUUAAAGUGCUUACUAAAGUACUCGCGAGACUACAGUGCAAACCCACUCGUUGGUAAUAAGUGUCUUACCAAGAACUAUCUGCGAUUGGUAUACGAUAGUUGUUUAAACAACGAUAUAUCAAUCAAUAACACUGUCAGUAGUGCAGGUAGCAAUGUUUUCACUACUGGAUUAUUGCUGGUUGGAAAAUCACCGAAACUAUCGACCACCGAUGUAAUUCACUCCGAGAUAUCCUAUCACCCGAGAGCAUACAAAUUGAACCUACAAACAAUCAGUUUGCUAAUCGAUAAGAUUGUAUCUCAACUCACACUGUUCCUCUGCGCACAAACAGGCAAUGUAUCGUGUCUACAAGAGCUUAUUCAAGUCGAUCACGGAUCGAUACUCUUAUCGAAAGUAACCGGGAUCUGGGAUUACGGUGAUGAAAUCAAUGGUUUAUCGAUGUUGGCACGCAAAACCAUUAAACCAUCCUACCAUAUCACCACUAUGUAUAGUUAUGCUAACAGCAACAACAGUAACAGUAACAGCAAUAACAAUAAUGUAGAUGUUGAAUCGAUUCUAAAGGUGUUGGAUGUUGAUCUUUCUAGACAUGCAAUGAUUGGUAAAUCAUUGAAACCGUUUGCACAGCAGUGGGAUCCAGAGUGGAGCUCUUUCACGCCGCUUCACUGGGCUGCGUAUGGUGGUUAUGUAAGCUCGCUCAAAGUGUUGCUAAAGUUUGGUGCUCGAUUGUCUGCCUUGACCUCUAGGGGUAGAACAGCACUGGACAUUGCACGAGACAAUCUACACACGCCCGCAGUCACCUACCUGGAGAAACAACUUGCCAAACAGAUAAAGUUGUCGGAUUUCGAUCAGUUGAAAGAGAUGGUAAAACAAGGUGACUCGAUCGGUGUCAAUCAUUUCAUGAAUAGCUAUCUCUUUGAGAAAGAUGUCACCGUCAUUGGAAAUCAGUCAAUAGUGAUGGAUCUGCUAAGAUUCACAAUCGUCCAAAAUCAACCAAACAUCUUUGUAAUGUUGUACAAUACUUUGCUUCCAAAUAAUAACAGCACGCCUAUUGAAUCGCUUACCGUCGAUCAAGAUGAGAAUACACUCCUGCAUGUUGCCUGCACUCUUGGUAGAGUUGAAUGUUGUAAGUUGAUACUAGAGAGAUGCGCCAAUGUCGAUGUCUUCAAUAGAGUACUGCAGUCACCUCUGAUGUUGGCCAUCGUUCAUAAGCAAUAUCCUUUGGUUCCGUUGCUUUUGAAUUCCUAUGCUUCUCCAAUAUUACGUGGCUGGAAAGGUAUGAGCGCAUUGAUGUUGGCGGCAGACUCUGAUCCCGAAACCUUUGAACAGCUAUUGAACGACCAGCGACUGAAUCUAUCCGAUAGGAAUUACGAUGGUCAAACCAUAGUGCAUAUGAUUGUACAACGCAAAAAGACACCACUGGAGAAUAUGCUAUUGUUGGCUGACCUAAUUGAGGCUAGCGAUGAUCCAAAAGCUCUCUAUCAGAUGCCAGACAAAUACAAUAAUCAACCACUUCAUUUAGCAACGAAAUCCGGUAACCUACCAAUACUCAACUAUUUACUGUCAUCUCCAUUCGUAGAUGGUAAAACCAAGUCCGAUGUCUACAAACAAAUCAAAUCACGCGCCGAUUCCAAUCAAGAUGUUGUUCAAUGUUUUGAGCAAUACUAUCACCGUUCGAAUAUUACCAUACCUACCGUAGCUACCACCGAAAAUGUUAAUGAGACUAGAUAUAAAAACAACGACAUAUUCACUCGCCUUUCAUCGUGUACGAUACAAACCGAUCAAGUUGCAGAUAUCUGUAGAAACAACCCAACCACAACAAAUCAAUUUUCAUUUAUUUCAACAUCUAAACUUCUAAAUACACAUUUGGUUCUUGGUAAAUAUGAUGUUGUUGCAUCACUUAUGACCUAUUUAACACAUUACCAAAUCGGUGGAAUCUUAACAUUUUUGAUUUCAGAGAAUGAAAAGAAGUUAUCAGAGAUAAAGUGGUUCAUCGAUAGAGUGGAGAAUGAAAUUCGGACAAGAGAGAAUGCUAAUUUCUAUUCAACUAGCAUGUACUCGAUUAUUGAAAAGGACAAUAGGUUACUUCUUGAAUCGUUCGAAUCCAAUAUGUCUCAAUUCCCAAUUUGUUUGGAGACUGCUUUUAAACACUCAAGCUACCGAUGUGCUCGGCUUUUGCUCGAGCGAUACUCAGGACCAGCUGGCAGCGUAGAAGAGCAACAAGCCACAAUCAAGCAGCUUGAACGAUGCACACUAAAACAUUUCGAUCAAUUCAAAGAGAUGGCCAAACAAUUUGCUAUUCCGUCGAACGCAAUGCAAUUUUCAAACAAUAGUUUGUACUCUGGCUAUGGCUAUGGCUAUGUGACGACACCGACAGAGACAGAGAUGGCGAUCGCGAAAGUAGCGGACUUCAAAGAGAUCGCUGACAAUGGCAAGCAAAUAGAGUGUCAAGAUUGCCAUAUCAAAGUCUAUGAAACCAAUCUUCAAGACCACCAGAUUGUUUGUUUGUAUCGCUUGGCUACAUGUCCGAACGCACAACAUGGAUGUCAAGCUGGCCCGCUUCCAAGAGAGAAACUAUCGGAUCAUCUUUCCAGAGAGUGUACCUACAUGGUUUGCACUGAGUGCGACAAGUCAUUGACAAGAGCCGAAUUCUUUAGGCAUAUUCACGAAAAACAUGACACUGAAACAUGGACACAUUGUGUUUUUUGUAACCAAAUGUUGUCCGGUUUUAAAAUGUCACUCUCUGAUAGAAUUAUUCAUAUCAAUAACAAUUAUAACAACACAUUACCUGUGUUCUCAACAUCAUCAAGCGAAUACUAUCAUAUUAGGAACGAAUGCAAAUCGAUCAAUUUGCAGACAAUGAAAGCUACUAAGCAAAUGGUUCAAAUAUAUCACAGAAUUAGUCUUCCUUACUUUGAUUCCUCAUUGAGGAAUGCUGUACUUUACAUGGCUUCUAACAAUAAUUCUUGCCAAACAAACACUACUUCCUCCACUGGUUUUCAACAUCUACUUCUAUCACUUCAGAUACUUCAAUACUGGAACCAGCGACUCUUCAAACUUGAAAUCAAACUCAAUUGUAAUGAAUUCAAUUUUUUCACUUUUGACUUAGACUGCAAUUAUUGUUAUCACUAUGAUGACAACCAAAAUAAUGUUUUUUUGGCUAUCGAUAUUGAAAGUGGUGAUGAAAAAGUGCUGGAAUCUAUUUUUACAACAGAUUCAGGCGUGAAUGGUUUCACUCAUACAACAAGCAUCGAAUUACGAUUGACUUUUCAAAACUAG